AUGGCGGGCUUCCACGGGCGACAGGGCUUCCACCGCCGCCACGCCCACAGACAGUGGGGUCCCCCGCCGUCUCCUCCCCACUACGGCGGCUUCUCUGGUUACGCUCUCCCUCCCCCGUAUCUCUCCCCCAUUUACCAGCCGGGAUGGAGCUAUGGCCCCCCCCAGCCCAUGCCUCCCGCUCCUUCUCCUCCUCCGAGUACUCCUCGUCUGGGGACCGAGAUCGUCACCCUCCUUCUGCGGACGCAGAUCGAAUACUACUUCAGGUACCCCUCUCUCCGUCUCUGUACCGAUUUCGAUGAUCGCCGAUCUUGCGCCUGGAUCCAUUAACGACGGACUGGAAUCUGCGCAGCGAGGACAAUCUGGCGAGAAACGUCCACCUGAAGAUGCAGAUGGACGAGGAAGGCUGGGUGAGCGUGCAUACCAUCGCCAGCUUUCCGAGGGUAAGCGACUGUCAUUCCGACUGCUGCCGCCGAUUUCUCUCCCCUUGGAUCUCCGUGGGGGGUUGAACCAAGGCAUUUCCUCGCAGGUGAAACGGCUGACGAACGACGUGGUGCUCAUACUGCGGUCGCUGCAGCCUUCUCCCACCGUGGAGGUGGAGGUGAUGGUGAGUCUUCCGACCCUGGAUCUGGAAACCUGAUCGAACCUGUGGAUUUUUUGUCUAGUUCGGCUGAUGUGUGCGUCGAUCUUGACUUCGCAGGAUGGCAAAAUGAGGAGAAGGGGGACGUGGAAAAAGUGGCUGAUUCGAAGGUAGAAGGAGCCUCCUGUCGAGCAGGGUACCGGACACCAGUGGAAGCUCAUUUUAAUUCUACCUCCGCCUCUCUCUCUCUCUCUGUCGCUGUCUUUACCGGGGCUACGUAUCGUCUCCCACCUCCUCUGUAACCUGUAAGGCCUUUUUCGCCUGUAAACCGGCCGGCGGCGCCAGGAUGGCGAGGUUCUUGAAUAGGUUAGAACCACAAGAGAACUCAUGUAGAGGGUUUUUAUGAAAUUACUGUAACGGAAUUGCCAUGCAGGGCGAGAAAGGACCCAACCCCGUAGGAUAAAAAAUGGGCCGAGUAAAACGGGCCGAAGUGAAUAGGUGGGUGGGUUCUGUCCGGCAGGAUCGGUAAAGGAUCUGUAUGCCUUCCAUCGAGCCUCUCUUGUACCUCCACAGUGGACCGUUCGGCAGAUUGAUGCAGGCUCUUGGUAAGGGGUCGUCGGUACUGUGGGCACACCCCGCCUGAAAGCUCAGCGGAUCCUCUUCUCACUUGUUUCAACGAGUGCACUUUUCUCGAUUUAGUUGUAUGGAAUUUCGAAUUAAAAAUACCCUCUACAAGCGUGCAAAAUUUGGGGGCCACACCUGGAAAACUACUAAACUUCGUGAGCCACAUUACAUUUCACUGCAUGAACCAUCUCUUGGUUACAGGACCUGGAUUUUACCAACAAGCUCAGGAAAGGUGAUCGGUCGAACCAAUGCCAAAGCAAUUUUCAGUGGAGCUAAAUAA